GUUUCCGCUUUUUCAUUCUCUCCUCCCUUAACUCUCGAGUUCAUCCACUGAUCUAUUCCCGGUUAGAUACUGUAACGUUAUCGAGAGGUAGUCACCAUCAUCAAAUAGCUAGAUAUGGACGAUUUUGACAUGCUCAGCGCACCACAGGCUGCGGCCGGCAAUGGGACGGACGAAGACCCCGCUGCCGCAUUCUUGGCCCAGCAAGAAAGCGAGAUCGCGGGGAUUGAGAACGACGAAGGAUUCAGCAUCCUGGACAGCGGAGAGGUUCCAACGUCGCUAGACAACAAUCUGACAGGCGACGCAAACGAUGCAGUGGAUGGUGCUGUUAAUGGGGACAUUCAUGAGGAGAGCAACGGCCCGUCUGAUGCAUACUCAGCCAUCUCCAGUGCCGACCGGCUGCAGGCUGAGCCAGAGAGCCUGCGUAAAUGGAGGGAGGAGCAGAGAGAGAGGCUCGAGGUCCUAGAUGCUAACUCUCGUAAGCAGGAGUCUGAGUGGAAGGACAAAGCCAAGGUAGAGCUGGAGGAGUGGCACACUAGACAGGACGAGCAGCUGGAGAAGACUAAAGUGAACAACAGGGUGCUGGAUGAGGAUUUCUACAAACAACCCUUCUCUGACCUGAUUGGUUAUGUCACACACAUUAACCAUCCUUGCUACCGCCUAGACCAAGCGGCCGAGGAGGCCAUGCUGUCGGACAUGGACGAGAACAACCCGGGCACCGAGUGGGAGCGCGUGGCGCGCCUCUGCGACUUCAACCCAAAGUCCAGCAAGCAGGCCAAAGACGUGUCCCGCAUGCGCUCUGUCCUCAUCUCCCUCAAGCAGGCCCCUCUGGUCCGCUAACCCCAACCCUCUUCUCUCUCUGUUAGACGUCUCAAUUCAGUCCCUAACCCCUCCCCCUUGGCACUAACCAUUCAGUGUUUGAAUAUCUGAAGGCUCUGAAUACGUACUGUAUAAGCAGUGUAGUGGUGGAGCUUCUUACAAUCCACCAUGUUGCUUUCACCUUACAGAUCUGUUAACAUUGAGGGGAAGGGAGUGAAUUGAGACGGCUGUAUCUCUACCCUUUGCUAACCCUCUCUGGACCCAGAUUGCAACCAAACUCUCAUAGGGAAAUGUAUCAUCCCACCUACCUGACCUGGGGUCGUUCCCAGCCAACCCACCUACCUGACCUGGGGUCGUUCCCAGCCAACCCACCUACCUGGGGUAAUUUCCCACUUACCCAACCCACCUACCUGACCUGAGGUCAUUUCCCACCCAACCCACCUACCUGACCUGGGGUCAUUUCCCUCCCAACCCACCUACCUGACCUGGGGUCAUUUCCCUCCCAACCCACCUACCUGACCUGGGGUCAUUUCCCUCCCAACCCACCUACCUGACCUGGGGUCAUUUCCCUCCCAACCCACCUACCUGACCUGGGGUCAUUUUCUUCCCUCCCAACCCACCUACCUGACCUGGGGUCAUUUUCUUCCCUCCCAACCCACCUACCUGACCUGGGGUCAUUUUCUUCCCUCCCAACCCACCUACCUGACCUGGGGUCAUUUUCUUCCCUCCCAACCCACCUACCUGACCUGGGGUCAUUUUCUUCCCUCCCAACCCACCUACCUGACCUGGGGUCAUUUUCUUCCCUCCCAACCCACCUACCUGACCUGGGGUCAUUUUCUUCCCUCCCAACCCACCUACCUGACCUGGGGUCAUUUUCUUCCCUCCCAACCCACCUACCUGACCUGGGGUCAUUUUCUUCCCUCCCAACCCACCUACCUGACCUGGGGUCAUUUUCUUCCCUCCCAACCCACCUACCUGACCUGGGGUCAUUUUCUUCCCUCCCAACCCACCUACCUGACCUGGGGUCAUUUUCUUCCCUCCCAACCCACCUACCUGACCUGGGGUCAUUUUCUUCCCUCCCAACCCACCUACCUGACCUGGGGUCAUUUUCUUCCCUCCCAACCCACCUACCUGACCUGGGGUCAUUUUCUUCCCUCCCAACCCACCUACCUGACCUGGGGUCAUUUUCUUCCCUCCCAACCCACCUACCUGACCUGGGGUCAUUUUCUUCCCUCCCAACUGACCUGGGGUCAUUUUCCACCCACCUAACUGACCUGGGGUCAUUUUCCACCCACCUAACUGACCUGGGGUCAUUUUCCACCCACCUAACUGACCUGGGGUCAUUUUCCACCCACCUAACUGACCUGGGGUCAUUUUCCACCCACCUAACUGACCUGGGGUCAUUUUCCACCCACCUAACUGACCUGGGGUCAUUUUCCACCCACCUAACUGACCUGGGGUUCAUUUCCCACUUACCCAACCCACCUACCUGACCUGGGGUCGUUGUUGUACAUGGAUUGAUGAUAUUCCUCUCUUCCAUCUUCCUUUCCGUCAUUAAAGAACAAAAUAAGUAUACUUAUUUUUUGUUUCUAUUCUUUUAAGGACCAAACUCUGUUUAUUAAGUGUGUUGUUGGAAACUAUUUUAGAACCAGCUUGUGGCAUUUAUUGUGACUAUUUCAAUCUAUGCAUUUUUUCCCAUUUGAACCGUGAAUCAAGCACCGGUAAAUAUACGUGAUCUAUAUGUGUGUGUAAGCAUCAAGGUUGGGGUCAAAUCCAUUUGAAAUUCCAGUUAAUUCAGAAAGUACACAAUUCCACAUAAAAUUUUUGAUAGUUGAAAAGCAUUGAAGAGAAUUGGAAUUUCAGUGUACUUCCUGAACUGACUGGAAUUUAAAUGGAAUUGCCCCCAACCCUGGUAAACAUCAUGUGGUGUAUCAUGUACUCUAUAUGUGUGUACAUAUACAGGCAAUAUACAAAACGUUAAUGUCAUAAACAGAGUAGAAUUGUGGUUUAAAGAUUAACUGUAGCACCAAGUGUUGCUUUUAAUGUUCACUGUCCAUCGAUUUCAAUAUCAGUAAAACAUGAAUUGAA